UGAAACCGGAAACACUUCAUUUUACUUCCUGUGAGUAACGCAAAGGAAAUACAUAAACACACGUGGGGGAAUGAGGCUCCGUCCAAUUCGACUCUAAUUAUUGUUCCACAUCAGGAUCCUUAAAAAAUACAGAACAGAACAUGGGAGACAAAAAAAAGAUGAUGGUGGCGAGCAGCGAUGAUGAAGACUCUGAUGUGGAGAAGAACUUUGCCCUCCUCACUAGCAGGGAGGGAGAGAGUGGAAGGAUUGAGGAUGGCGACCAUAGUGCUGAGGAAGAGGAGGAAGACCAUGAUGAAGAGGAUGGAGACUUGGAGGAAUCAGAGAGUGGAGAAGAAGAAGAGGAGGAUGGAGUGGACGAAGGUGGAGUUAGUAAAUCUUUAGAGGAGGACUUGAGUGAUGACGAUGAAAACAGUGAUGAAGAUGAUGAUGAAGAUUGUGAUGAGGGUGGCAGCAGUCAGAUCCAGACAAAAGAAGACCUCAGAAAGGAAAUGUCCACCAUGUCCUUUGAGGAGAUCUUGAAGCUUCAGAACAAAGUGGGAACCAAAGUUUUCAACGAGGUGGCCUUCGACAGCAGCAGGAGUCCGAGGAGCAGCAAGAAGAAACGUCUGAACAAGAACAGGCCCAUGGAGAUCUCAGCCAAGAAGCCGGCGCCGUUCCUGCGACAGGUCGUCCCGAUCAAGAAACCAGUGGUCAGAGAUCCGCGAUUCGAUGACCUGUCAGGAGAAUACAAACCGGAAAUUUACGAGCAAACGUACAAGUUCAUCAGUGACAUCAAACAGAGAGAGAAGGAGAUCAUCCAGAAGAAGCUGAAGAAGACGAAGAGGAACGGCCAGAAGGAGAAGCUGCAGUUCCUGCUCAAGAGGCUGGAGAACCAGGAGCGAGCAAGAGAGACCCGAGAGAAGCAGAGAGAGAGGGAGCUGCAGUUCAAGAGGGAGCAGAGGGCGCGAGCCGACCAGGGCGCCCGCCCGUUCUUCCUCAAGAAAUCGGACAAGAAGAAGCUGCAGCUGGCCGAAAAGUACCAGGAUUUAAAGAAGAGCGGCAAACUGGAGAAGUUUUUGAGCAAGAAGAGGAAAAGAAACGCUGGGAAAGACCGCAGGAAGCUCCCCAAAGACCUGCAGGGAAAGACGGCCUCCUGAAGCUCCGCCCACAAAACCAGAGGAGGAAGUUUCAGGGAAACGGAGGAAGAGGAGCAUCCUUUCCUCCAUCACGGCAGACGGACUCCUGGAUCCCUCAGCCUCAUGGUGGCGCUGUCGGUUCACGUCUCAGCUGCAGUUUCCUCCAGUUCAUCACUUUUCUAAACAGAAACUCUUUUAUUUUGAACAGAUUUAGAGUCUAAAACACAUGAAGCAAAUAGUGUGAAAGUUGUAAAUAUUAGACAUGGAUUGUUCAGUUUAUUAUAUGUUUUUGCACAAAUUAACAACAAAGAAAUCCAUAAAUAAUAAAGAUCAACAGUUUCAGUGAUUUUAAA